CUUCAAAACUUUUUCGUUUUUCCUAACGUUCUUUUUAACCUCGCAAACUACGUUAUUACAUAUACACAGCAAUCAUGGCAUCCAUCGGUUGGGAUCGCGGACAGAUUUAUUCGACUGGUGGCGUUUUACCUGGUGAAGACCGUGUCAAUUCGCAUGCUGAACUGACCUCUCAGUUCCUGCAAUUCAUCCAGAACUUUCGCAUCGACAAUGCUUUUGUUUACAGAGAUCAACUCUCGGACAAUCUUAUGUUGAAGCAACACUUUAUUGAAGUCGACAUGAGCCAUCUUAUCAGCUACAAUACCGACCUUGCCAAUCGAUUGAUUGCUGAACCCGCCGCAAUGCUUCCUUUGUUCGAGGCCGCUGUCAAGGAGUCAGCAAAACGUAUUCUUAGCCCCAACCCCACCUUGGCUGUUGAUGUGCCUGAUUGUCAAGUCAUGUUGAAAUCCGAUGCAAACGUGAUUCAAAUUCGCGAACUGAACUCUGAUUAUAUUGGCAAGUUGGUACGUAUCCCUGGUAUUGUGAUCGGUGCCUCGACAUUGAGCUCGCGUGCAACCUAUGUCAAUAUCAUGUGUCGUUCGUGUCGUCAUACCAAGAUGAUUCCUGUCAACGGUGGAUUUGGGGCAAUCACUCUUCCAAGAUCUUGUGAUAGCCAACCUUUAGACGCUGACGCUGGUAAGAACCAGUGUCCCGUGGAUCCUUUCGUUAUUGUUCACGAUAAGAGCCGGUUCGUGGACUCGCAGGUCCUCAAGUUGCAAGAAGCACCCGAUAUGGUCCCUGUAGGUGAUCUUCCUCGCCACACCAUUCUCAACGCUGACCGGUGGUUGACGAACCGUGUCGUUCCUGGUAUGCGUGUUGUUGUGAUGGGCAUCUAUUCUAUUUUCCAAAGCAAAGCCGCGAAAUCUACUGGUGCUGCAGCAGUGCGAACACCCUAUAUUCGUAUGGUGGGCAUUCAAAUGGAUCAACACAACAGCAGGGGUGGCAAGGCUAUCUUCACUGAUUCCGAAGAAGAAGAGUUCAUCCGCAUGUCGCAGCAAGACAAUUUGUACGAUAUCUUUGCCGACAGUAUCGCCCCCUCCAUUUUCGGCAACCGGGAUAUCAAGAAGGCUAUUACCUGUUUGCUCAUGGGUGGUUCCAAAAAGAUCUUGCCAGAUCAGAUGAGACUCAGAGGUGAUAUUAGCGUCUUGUUGCUGGGUGAUCCCGGUACUGCCAAGUCCCAGUUGCUCAAGUUUGUCGAAAAGGUAGCACCUAUUGCAGUUUACACCUCCGGUAAAGGCAGUAGUGCUGCUGGUUUGACAGCCUCAGUCAUUCGUGAUCCUAGCUCGCGUGAUUUCUAUUUGGAAGGUGGUGCCAUGGUGCUUGCAGACGGUGGUGUGGUGUGUAUCGAUGAGUUUGACAAGAUGCGUGACGAAGAUCGUGUUGCUAUCCAUGAAGCCAUGGAACAACAGACAAUCUCAAUUGCCAAGGCUGGUAUUACAACGAUAUUGAACUCUCGAACUUCGGUUUUGGCAGCUGCCAAUCCAGUAUUUGGUCGUUACGAUGACAUGAAGAGUCCAGGAGAGAAUAUCGACUUCCAAACAACUAUCUUGUCCAGAUUCGAUAUGAUUUUUAUUGUCAAGGAUGAGCACAACGAAGCACGAGAUAUGUCUAUAGCACGACACGUUCUAAAUGUACACAUGAACCAGCAAGGCAUGGAGGUAUCCAUGGGUGAAAUCAGUCUGGAGAAAAUGAAGGCAUACAUCAACUACUGCAAAGCAAAAUGCGCACCUCGCUUAACAGCCGAAGCAGCCGAAAAGCUCAGUAGCCACUUUGUAUCAAUUCGUAAGGAAGUCAAAGAGUCUGAGCGAGACACAAAUGUUCGUUCAUCGAUCCCUAUCACUAUCAGACAACUUGAGGCCAUUAUCCGUAUCUCCGAAUCAUUGGCCAAGUUAAGACUCUCACCUAUCGCAACCGAAGAACACGUUGAAGAAGCUAUCCGCUUGUUCAAAUACUCUACCAUGGAUGCUGUGCAAAGUGGUGGCGCCGACGGUAUGUCGCGCGGUGAAGUCAUGCAAGAAGUCAGACGUAUUGAAGAAGAAAUUGGCCGUCGUUUACCCAUUGGUUCGCAAGUGUCCGUGGCCAAGGUCAAGAAUGACUUUUUGAUGCAAGGUUAUUCGGAAGCAGCUAUUGUCAGAGCAUUGGCUAUUCUUGGCCGUAGAGAAAUCUUACAGUUCCGAAGCCAAGGCAAGGUGGUGUUCAGACAAGCUGUCUAAAAGAAUAGUGACCGGAUGAACUUUGUGGAUCACUUUCGCUCCCGUCUACUCUGAAUCUUUUUUUUCUCUUUCUUCUCAGUAUCUCUAUAUUUCUUCUCUAGCUCUCUCUAUCUUCCUUUUCCCCCUCGUUAAAUGUACAUAUCUCACAUACACUCAACCACAUUCAUUCGCACAUCUUAAUUUUAUAAAAUACUUUUUCUCAGAUAUUAUAUGCGGUGUUAUUAAAUUACAUUCUCUGUACUGUGCGGUAAGAUUGUGAAGCAGGAAAUAAAUUAUGGACCACAACCUCCAAG